AUGACGCAGUCGCCGGUUCAACCUCCUCCGCCGCUUCCCGCUCCGCCGCAUUCCGCCGGCGGAGGUGUUUUGCGAAGCGAUGUACAGGUCCGGUGCGCAGGCUGCCGCGUGAUUCUGAGGGUGAAGCCCGGCGUUGUGGAGUUCUCGUGUCCCACCUGUCAACUUCCCCAAAUGUUGCCGCCGGAGCUCCUUUCUAGGGCACGGCCGCAGUUCCAGCAGUCUCAACAACCACAACCACCGCCUCAACCGCAACCGAUUCAGACGCUUCCGCCGCUUCAGCAGCUGAAACCACCUAUGAAUUUGCCCAGGCCUCCGGUGCCUGCACAUGGAAUCGAUCCGACGAAGAUGCAAUUGCCUUGCGCGAACUGCCAGGCGAUCCUCAAUGUGCCACACGGACUCACUCGGUUCUCAUGUCCUCAGUGCCAUGUCGAGCUCGCCGUCGACGUCUCUAAGCUCAAUCGCUCCUUAACUGCUCCUCAAUCCACUCCUCCGAAUCCUUCUGCUGCACCGCCUCUUCCGUCUCCGCCUCCUCCCGAAGAAGUCAACGAGGAAGCCAUCGAUGUGGAGAGAGAAGAAGAUGAAGGUGGAACGGCGGGAGAAACGUUCAUGGAUUAUCGUCCCCCAAAACUUUCAAUUGGACCACCUCAUCCUGAUCCGAUUGUGGAAACAUCAUCUCUAUCUGCAGUGCAACCCCCAGAACCCACCUAUGAUCUCAGAAUCAAGGAAGAGCUUGAAAGGACAAAGGCUUUAUCGUGCUUGCAGAUUGAGACAUUAGUUUACGCUUGUCAGAGGCAUCUCCAGCACCUUGCUGAUGGUACCAGAGCGGGAUUUUUUGUUGGAGAUGGUGCUGGCGUGGGGAAAGGGCGAACUAUUGCUGGUUUGAUUUGGGAAAAUUGGAAAGUUGGAAGGAGGAAAGCCUUGUGGAUUUCUAUUGGUUCAGACUUGAAGUAUGAUGCAAGAAGGGACUUGGAUGAUGUGGGUGCCUCGUGCGUUGGAGUGAAUCCUUUGAACAAGCUACCUUAUUCUAAGCUUGACUCAAAGAAUGUCGGUGUUAAAGACGGAGUGGUAUUCUUGACAUACAGUAGCCUUAUUGCUUCCUCGGAAAAGGGCCGUUCUCGUUUGCAGCAGCUUGUCCAGUGGUGUGGGCCAGAAUUCGAUGGUCUAUUGAUCUUUGAUGAGUGCCACAAAGCGAAAAAUUUGGUACCUGAAGCUGGAAGUCAGCCGACACGCAUCGGGCAGGCAGUUGUUGACAUUCAGGAUAAGAUCCCCCAAGCACGUGUUCUUUAUUGUUCUGCUACUGGUGCAUCUGAACCACGAAACAUGGGUUAUAUGGUCAGGCUUGGUCUUUGGGGAGCUGGAACAAGUUUCAGUGAUUUUAACAAAUUUCUAGGUGCGCUUGAUAAAGGUGGGGUAGGAGCAUUGGAAUUGGUUGCCAUGGACAUGAAAGCCAGGGGAAUGUAUGUAUGUCGUACCCUGAGCUACAAAGGGGCUGAGUUUGAGAUUGUUGAAGCUCGUUUAGAAGCUGGAAUGGAGGCAAUGUACAAUAAGUCUGCAGAAUUUUGGGCAGAGCUUCGGAUAGAGUUGUUAUCAGCAAGUGCUUUUCUCCCUAACGAGAAACCAAAUUCUAGUCAGUUGUGGAGAUUGUACUGGUCAAGCCACCAGCGUUUCUUUAGACACUUGUGUAUGUCAGCUAAAGUUCCUGUAACCGUGAGGUUAGCUAAAAAAGCCUUAUCAACAAACAAGUGUGUAGUUAUUGGGCUUCAGAGUACAGGAGAGGCUCGUACUGAAGAGGCUGUAACUAAAUAUGGUGUUGAGCUUGAUGAUUUUGUUUCGGGCCCUCGAGAACUCUUGUUGAAAUUUGUUGAAGAGAACUAUCCCUUGCCCGAGGAGCCUGAACCUCUCUCAGAGGAUGAAAGUGUCAAAGGACUUCAGAGGAAGAGGCAUUCAGCUUCACCUGGUGUUUCAAUUAGAGGGAGAGUAAGAAAGAUGGCAAAGUGGAAACCAGCUAGUGAUGAUGAAAGUGAUUUGGAAUCUGAAGGUAGGUUUCAUGGUGAAUACAUACCUUCUGGUAGUGUUUUCAAUGCAGCUGAAUCUGCUGACGAUUCUAAUGAUUCUGAUGAUGAGUUCCAGAUAUGUCAGAUAUGCAGCGGGGAAGAUGAAAGGAAGAAGUUGCUCCAUUGUUCUGAAUGUGACAAGCUUUUUCAUCCGGACUGUGUAGUUCCUCCAGUUACAGAUAUACCGUCUGAAGCGUGGAUAUGCUAUUCUUGCAAGGAAAAGACGGAGGAGUACAUUCAAGCAAGGCGUCUCUACAUUGCGGAAUUGCAAAAAAGGUAUGAAGCAGCCUUGGAACGAAAAUCAAAGAUUUUAGAGAUUAUUCGUUCUCUGAAUCUUCCAAACAAUCCUCUGGAUGAUAUUGUCGAUCAGCUUGGAGGCCCUGACAAAGUUGCAGAAAUAACAGGCAGGCGGGGUAUGCUUGUAAGAGCGUCUAAUGGGAAAGGUGUUACAUAUCAAGCAAGAAAUACAAAGGAUAUCACAAUGGAAAUGGUCAACAUGCACGAAAAACAACUAUUCAUGGAUGGUAAAAAGUUUGUUGCCAUUAUUUCUGAAGCUGGUUCAGCUGGUGUUUCGUUGCAAGCAGAUAGAAGGGCAGCAAAUCAGAGAAGAAGGGUUCACUUGACUUUAGAGCUUCCCUGGAGUGCUGAUCGUGCAAUUCAGCAAUUUGGAAGAACUCAUCGGUCGAAUCAGACAUCUGCGCCUGAAUAUAGGCUACUCUUCACAAAUCUCGGUGGGGAACGCCGCUUUGCCUCGAUUGUUGCAAAGAGACUAGAAACUCUUGGUGCUUUAACACAGGGAGAUCGCAGGAAAGUCACGCUCCUCUCUAAACCAUUUCCCGGUUGUUUGGCCGGGCCUUCCUUGAGUGCUUAUAAUUAUGAUAGUAACUUUGGUAAAAAAUCCUUGAUGGUGAUGUAUAGAGGAAUAAUGGAGCAGGAGAAACUACCCGUUAUUCCUCCUGGGUGCUCCACUGAUGAACCAGAAACAAUUAAAGAGUUUUUAACCAAGGCAAGGGCUGCUCUUGUUGCGGUUGGAAUUGUUAGGGACAGUGUUCUUGCUAAUGGGAAAGAUGUUGGAAAGUUAUCUGGACGUAUUAUUGAUUCUGACAUGCAUGAUGUUGGACGAUUUCUGAAUCGCCUCUUGGGAUUGCCACCUGAUAUUCAAAAUAGGUUGUUUGAAUUGUUUACUAGUAUAUUAGACGUUCUUGUACAUAACGCUCGUAUCGAGGGAAGUUUUGAUUCAGGAAUUGUGGAUAUGAAAGCUAACAGCGUUGAGCUGCUGACCACUCCAAAGACCGUCCAUGUCGAUCAUAUGUCUGGUGCCUCAACUAUGCUCUUUACGUUUACCCUAGAUCGUGGUGUUACGUGGGAGUCUGCGAGCUCAAUGCUAGAGGGGAAGAGAAGGGACGGGCUUGGUUCGGCUAAUGAUGGCUUUUUUGAAUCUAAAAGGGAAUGGUUAGGAAGACGGCACUUUAUCUUAGCAUUUGAGAGUGCGGCUUCUGGUUUGUUUAAGAUUGUUCGUCCUGCUCUUGGAGAGUCGAUCAGGGAGAUGUCUCUUUCGGAGUUGAAAACGAAAUACCGAAAACUCUCAUCUCUGGAGAAGGCUCGUGCUGGUUGGGAAGACGAGUACGAACUUUCAUCUAAACAGUGUAUGCACGGACCCAAGUGUAAGCUGGGCGAGUAUUGCACUGUUGGACGGAGAAUACAGGAAGUAAACGUUGUGGGAGGUCUCAUUCUUCCCAUCUGGGGAACCAUUGAGAAAGCUCUCUCCAAACAAGCCCGUCAAAGCCACAAGAGAAUUCGAGUUAUACGGAUAGAGACUACGACGGAUAAUCAGAGAAUUGUGGGCCUCUCUAUCCCUAAUGCAGCUGUAGAAACUGUAUUACAAGAUUUAGCAUGGGUUCAAGAGAUUGAUGAUUGA